ACAAAAAGUUUGUUAAAGAAAAAGAGAGAAGAAGAAGAAGAGAGGGAGUGUUUGUAAAAGCAAGCUCUCUUCUUUGGAUCUCUCAAUAUAUAUGUUUGAAUAAACAUAUAUUAUAUUUAUACAUAUAUAAUAAUACCCUUUUUUCUCUAUUCGUCCACGCCAAUAUUGUUUUACAUCUUCAAACAUAUUAAGCUUUACAUCUCUAUAAUUAUAUAGCUAUCCACCUCUCCUGAAAAUAACUUUCUCUUUCAUUUUUCUGGGCCAAUAUGAGCAGGGUCCGAGCAUUAUCUUCUCCUGAAUUACCUUCUACAGCAAAUUCUCGUGAAAGGCCAGAAGAUCAUAGUCUUGAAGGAAUCGCCACCAAUGUAAAGUUGCUGCUAAAGCUAAUCCAAGAUCAGAAUGAGGCAUGCGCAAAAGAUGUUGAUGAACGGAAGGCGCAAAGAGUGGCCGGAAUGAUGAGCAUCAUUGAUGAUGUCAAAGCCAGAAUUCAGAAAUUUCAAUCUGUUGGCAGGAGGGCCGAGCUCAGGCGUUGCAAUACAGAUCUAAGGCCACAUGUUCCAAAGGACAAAAAGGCCAGUGAACCAAUAACCGAUGAGAAAGAAAAAUUGAGAAGAGAGCUGAGCGCAAGCUUAGCAGCAAGAAAGAGCCUAGAAAUAAUGUGUUCCAGCGUGGGAAAAGAGAGGGAGAUUAUAGCAACAGAGCUUGCUAGAAAGGUUCAUGAAUUGAAUGGUUUGGAGGAACUUGUCAAUGAUCUCAGAGCACAAAAUGACAAGUUGUUGGCAAAGGUACAAGCUUGUGCUGCAGAGCACAAAGAGAAGAAGAGUAUUAGUGGGGAAGAUACUCAGGGGAAUGCAGCUCUCCAAGAGAGAAACAAGGCUCUUUCGGAGCAACUCCUCAAGUCCCUCGAUGGGUACCGAUCCUUGAAGAGAAAGUUAAAAGAUUCACAAGAGGAAAACAUAAAAAGUCAGACCACAAUGGAGGAGAUGGGGAUGGAAGCUCAAGCUGGUCUUGACCAUGUUCGUAGCCUUCGUGAAAGGUUUGCCACUUGGAAUGAAGAAGAUGACGAUAUUGAUAAGGAGAUUUCGGCUCUGGAGAAUCUCUUUGAGUCGUUCAAUAUGAAGAUUUCAAAGCAUGGGAAGAAGAAAAGUGACUCUCCAAAACCCAACUCUGAGAUCACAAGCAGUGACGCUCCCAAGAAACAGGCACCCCUGGUCUGAAAUUUUUGCUUCUCCUUUUGUUUUAGACAGGACACCACAAUUCUCUUGUAUCUUGGAAUUAUUCAGAAGUGGGAAGCAGAUAUAAUGUGUCAAAAUUAAGUAGAAUAGUGAUGGUGCAUUUGGCUCGUGUCAAAAUUUACUAGCUCAGGUUUACAGAUUAUGUUGCUGUCCUACAUAGUUGUAUAAUUCCAAAUUUCCAUCAUUUUCCAUAAGCUAGAUCAAGAGAUGCAUAUGAUAUUGCUUUUGGCAAAAUUCAUUACUGAAAUUCUACUUUUCUUUUGUUAGAAA